AUGAUUCCGAAAGCUGUGGUUUUGCUCACUUGCCUGGCUGCUCUCGCCAGUAAAGAUGUGGAGCAGAAACACUAUCACAAGCUGCCUGGAAUAGCCGACUAUGACCUGAUCAGUGCAUAUGAGGAUCUCGUGGCUGUGAUCACGAACAAUAUCCCCCUGGGUCUGAAGGACCUGCCAAAGCGGAUGAUCCUCUUCAGCACGUGGUACAUUGCAUCUCGAAGCCUGCACAGUGCUCUGGCAGGUGGCGAGUGUUCAUGUCAAGAGGAAUUUCCGGAGUCCCUGCAACCAUUUGUGCGCGGAAGGGUCUGCAAGCUGGAUCCCGAUGCUGUGGAGACCAUUAGCCCAUUCUUGUUUGGCGAUCAAGUCCCUAGCCCGGACUUGACGCCGCCACAGCUCUGGGCGCAAGUGGCCAAGCGUUCAAUGUACAUUGCUGAGAUCAGCAGGACCUAUGCUGGUGUCACGGCAGAGCCCGCUUUUCAAGCCUCCAUGCUCUCCUUGUCGCACCUGGCAGCUUCGCUUCCUGAGUUGGGAACGAAUUGGAUGAGCGGAAGGCCGCCGAGACUCGUGUUACCCCAUUGCAUCUCGGAUGACUACGAAGGUGCUUUUUGGUGGGAGGGUGUGUGGUCCCACAACAGUGAGCACUGGCUGCGUCCACUCUUGAGCAAACUCGGCGAAAGCUCACACUUGGCAGUGGUUCUGCGACCAUCCCCCAGCGUCCGGCUCAUUGAGGAAGGAUGUGCAGUGAAUCCUGGCAUGCUUUUGAUGCAAGACCCAGUCCAAUGCUUGCAAGACUCUGGUGGCUGGGAUGUGGUGUCCAUGGUGGACGGCUUGGAUAAUUUCUCGGCUGUCAGUGCAGAACAAGGCCGCAUCCCAGGGACGGUCGUGAACGAGACCUUCCGCUUAGACUGGGACAAGGAAGGCAAGGUGACAAGCUUCAAGUUUGGCAAGAUCGUGCGAAGCCCACGGCGUGGUGGUCGGACCGCGAUGCUGCCCAGAACUGCUGACGUACUCUUGGUUUCGCCCCAAGGUGGGAAUUGCUUUGACGCGGCAGAGAUGAUUCCGCCUGUCCGAAGUAGCGUGCGCCUGGUGAUUGUUCCUAUAAACCCGCUCUAUGCGCCGCCGACACGCGUGAUGCCAGACUUUGCCAGUACCCUCGCGCAGCGGAAAGGCCUGGCUGAUCUGAAGUCUUUCGACAGGCACAAGCUGCAGCGUCUUCUAUUUUUGACGCAGUGUUCUUUGCAAAGUGCCGUGGAUCUCAUGGCUCCGCGUUUCGUUUUACUGUUUGUGGACGGAACUCGGGCGAUUUUCGCAGAAAGAUCGAUCGCAGGCCGCUACUGCACGCCGAUUGCCAGUGGGGAAGCCUGCGCUCCGCUAUCGGCACUCUGGCACCGUGGGGCCAGCUGCUCACCGGCAACGCUGCAGCUGAUGCCCCUGGAGAAAAAGCAGCUCACGGAGGUGGAGUUUCUGGCCGAGUCCAGUUGGCCGUGCGAGGAUUACGUGGACAUGGGCUUACCCGAAGUAUCGUUGGAGAUGUUGGAGAAGCCCAAGUUCCUGAAGACGCAUUUCUACGUUGAUGGCAUGCCGCAGUGUCAUUCUGCUAUUCCGCACCAGGUGUUUGAGCCAGCAUCCUGGCCACAUUCGCCCGGCCGCCAGCAUGCAGUUGGCUCUCGCGGACACUGCCUUGCAGAAGAGGGCCUGUGCGAAUGCUUCCCCCCAUGGCGGGGCACGGCUUGCGAUCGGCCUGACCCACCCCGUGCGUCUAGAGAAGGCAGCGCAGAGAACAGAGAACGAGAUGCCACCAUAUUGGUCACGCUGGCUUCUGGUGGUCGAAUUGAGGAAUUGCUAUUUGCGUUGCCCAACUGGUGGGAGCACUUUAACUGGAAGUGGGAUCACCCCGUCUUGGUGUUUCACCAAAAUCUUACACAACAUGAAGUUGCGUUGAUUCGGAACGCAUCUCAAAACCGAGUGUGGUUCGCAAACAUAGAUCGAUACUUCCGCCAGCCAGAGAAGCUGCCGCAGGGUCCGGACAGGUUACAAGAAGCAGACAUUCGUGCGGGAUACCGGCUGAUGUGCAGGUUCAAGGCGACGUAUGUCCUUGAUCAGCCGGCCCUUCAGGGAUUCCGGUGGAUGUUGUGGAUGGACUCAGACUCCUAUUUCACGGACCAGGUACCGAAUGAUUUUGCGAAAGAGAUGCGGGCAGCUGGUGCCAUUUUCGGUUACACACACACUGGCAUGGAGGAUGCGCCGCUGAUCAAGUAUUUGUUCGAUGCCGCGCUGCUCUUCGAAGCCACGGAGCUCGGAGGGAGCAAGGGCCGGCCGCCUGCGGCCCUGGAGGAAGAGGAGGGAGGAGUGCCAAUCCAAGCUCGCGCAUUUGCCGAGGGAUUUGAUCCACCUGAAAAAAGCCAGUACUACGAGCGGCUGCUGACUGUUACCUCCGGUUUGGAUCGGGGACAAGUCCUUCCAUUCGGGACCCCGACAUGGAAAGGCAAAGUACCUCUCACAGACUUCUUGCUGUUGGACAUCAUCAGUUUUCGAACCGAUGCUUUGCGAAGGUUCACCGAUUGGAUUGAUGAGUGGGGCGGCUGGUGGCUCUAUCGAUGGGGCGAUGCAGCCAUCAGGGGUGUUCAAGCAUGGAUCAUGCUCGAGGCCAAAGAAUGCCUCAGCUUCUCUGACUUGCCUUAUGUGCAUCAACACUUUUGUCGAUGUCGAAACCCACAUGAAGCCUGCGUCUUCUUAGGCAGGGGGGAGAAGCUAUUCAAUUGGACAUGCAAAGAGCCGCCCUAG